ACUCUCUCGUCGUCAGUGAUAUCUGCCUCAUCGGACACAACGGUCAAAGUGUGGAACGCGCAUAAAGGCUUCUGCAUGUCGACGUUACGAACACACAAGGACUACGUGAAAGCUCUGGCCUACGCCAAGGACAAGGAGCUGGUGGCGUCCGCAGGUCUGGACCGGCAGAUCUUUCUUUGGGACGUGAACACAUUAACAGCGCUCACUGCUUCCAACAACACUGUCACCACCUCGUCACUCAGCGGGAACAAGGACUCCAUCUACAGUCUGGCUAUGAACCAGAUGGGCACAGUCAUCGUAUCUGGAUCUACAGAAAAGGUCCUGAGAGUGUGGGACCCUCGAACAUGUGCAAAACUGAUGAAGCUAAAAGGACACACAGACAACGUCAAGUCGCUGCUGCUGAAUCGAGACGGCACUCAAUGCCUGUCGGGUAGCUCGGACGGGACCAUCCGCCUGUGGUCGCUCGGACAGCAGAGAUGCAUCGCCACCUACCGGGUGCACGACGAAGGCGUCUGGGCCCUGCAGGUCAACGAGGCCUUUACACACGUCUACUCUGGAGGCAGAGACAAAAAGAUCUACUGCACUGACCUGCGUAACCCGGACAUCCGCGUGCUCAUCUGUGAGGAGAAGGCCCCGGUGCUCAAAAUGGAACUGGACAGAUCUGCUGACCCACCUCCAGCAAUCUGGGUCUCCACCACCAAGUCAUCCGUUAAUAAAUGGUCUCUAAAGGGAAUGCACAACUUCCGAUCAUCGGGGGAGUACGACAACGACUGCAGUACCCCUCUGACUCCACUGUGUACUCAGCCAGAGCAAGUCAUCAAGGGCGGUGCCAGUAUCAUACAGUGCCACAUUCUGAAUGACAAGAGACACAUACUCACCAAAGAUACCAACAACAAUGUGGCUUUCUGGGAUGUCCUCAAGGCUUGUAAGGGUGAAGACUUGGGAAAAGUGGAGUUCGAUGAAGAGAUUAAAAAGCGAUUCAAGAUGGUCUACGUGCCAAACUGGUUCUCUGUUGAUCUGAAAACUGGGAUGCUCACAAUCACUUUGGACGAGAGCGACUGCUUCGCUGCCUGGGUGUCUGCAAAGGACGCCGGGUUUUCAAGCUCCGACGGAUCCGACCCAAAGUUGAACCUGGGUGGACUGCUGCUGCAGGCUCUGCUCGAGUUCUGGCCCCGAACUCGCAUCAACCCCAUGGACGAGGAGGAGAACGAGGUGAACCACGUGAACGGAGAGCAGGAGAACAGGGUCCAGAAAGGAAAUGGAUAUUUCCAAGUGCCACCACACACGCCAGUCAUCUUCGGGGAAGCCGGAGGCAGAACUCUAUUUAGGUAA